GAAGGAUAUUGGAGUGUCCUGUGGUCUCACACACCUGAUGGCAUUUGCACCUCCCAAAAACAUGGAUGGCCCCAAACUUCAAACCAAGAUGAGCACAUGGACACCCCUGAACCAUCAGCUCAUGAAUGACAAGGUAUUUGAAGAACGAAAAGCCCUGCUUGGAAAAUGGUUUGACAAGUGGACAGACAACCAGCGGCGGAGGAUCCUGGUGGACCUGUUCCAGCGCUGCUCCCUGGCGCAGCAGAAAUUCUGUGUGAAGCAGCUGCAGGAGCGGGUGCCCGUCGAGGCCCUGGACUUCACCACUCAGCUGCCCAGAACACUGUCUUUGUACGUCUUCUCUUUCCUGGACCCCCGGAGCCUCUGCCGAUGUGCGCAGGUGAGCUGGUACUGGAAGUAUUUGACGGAGCUGGAUCAGCUCUGGAUGCUGAAGUGCCUGCGUUUCGGCUGGUACAUCAACUUCUCUCCAACCCCGUUUGAGCAGGGAAUCUGGAAGAAACACUACAUCGAGAUGGUGAAGGAGCUUAACAUUACACGGCCCAAGACCCCUCCGAAAGAUGAAUUUGUGGUCAUCGAUGUCCAGCCAAUAGCAAGAGAGGGCCCAGAGGUGAAACUGUCCCUGGCAGCAGUUCUCCAGUCCGCCUCGCUGCUGGGGAAGAGGAUGGACAAGGAUAAGAAAGAGCUGCCCCCAUGGCGCUCAUCUGACAAACACCCAACCGACACCAUCCGAUUCAACUACCUGGACAACUACGACCCGAUCGAGCAGGCAAGACUGGCGAGAAAGAAGGGCGGAGGACUCACCCCAGACCUGAGCCGGCAGGCAAGCGAGAAGAAAAAGAAAGCAUCCUACAAGCUCCGGAAAGCAAAAUCGCUGCUGUCACUCUCUGCAGACCUUGGCUCUGGCCCGAAAACACCAGUUCGCCCCAGUUGGGCUACUCACCAGUCACCGGGGUAUCCCGUUACCAAAGCAACAGCUAAGAUGCUGGCUCAGAGCACCCGCUGGAAUGCUGGGAUACGACCAGCACCUGUCCGACCUCCAGUACCAAAACUGAGUGAAAAAGGGAAGAAGGCCUUUACAAGGAUGGACAGAAGUUUGCCAGCAUCUCCACUGUUUGAGGCUCAGCCCUGGCAAAUUCCUCCGUCGGACCUGGGGUCGGAUGCAGAGUAAGAUGCUCAGCAAAGAAGGGGCUACUAUGCCCAGCAUUUGGAAAGUGGCAAUCAUGGCACUGGCCCUGCUCAGUGAAGACUGGAAGCUGCUGACAUUUAUGAAUCGAGCCUGAGGCCUAGUGGAUAUAGCCUGAUUUGUCACUUGUUCCAAUAUGAACCUUUCAUCGCUGACCUCCGUAUACCAGUGGGGAAUGCCCUUUUUGGCAGUUCUGCCACAAGUUAAGCCCUGUGCCCUCCUGAGUGCCACUCUGAUCUCCUUCCCCUGCCUAAACUGCUGCUCUGCUUUCUGCUCCCUGCCUUGCCUACCACUGGGCUGCUUUCCCCCUCCCUGAUCUGCCAUGUACCACACACAGAAGCUGCCCUUGCCACUUGGGGCACAUGUGCUGCAGCCUGGCCACCCUUGACCUAACACAACAGACUCAGAUUGCAGGUGGGGGCACCCUGCUGUUACCCUAAUCCAAAUAAGUGAUUCAAAGCUGAGGUUACACCAACGGCUGGCCCAGUAUCUUGUUUCCUGUCUCAGCUCUGUUCAGCAUGUUUUCCUGUCUCUACUGCUUUGGAGCUGAUACCCCUUCUACUUUGACUCGGGGCCUGUCUUCACUGCAGAAUUGACACGGGUGAUCUCUGCCCAGGUCAAAGCAUCAGGGGAAGCCUAGCCUGAGUGUGGACACACUGCAAGGUCACAGCUUUGCUGCUGCUGCUCCCCCAUCCCCAGGCGUGUGGUUGGGAUGCCUGUGGGCACAUCCCAUGGCUCUUUGUGUUUAUCUGCUCCGGUGAAUUAUGGGAGAACCUGUCUGGUCUUCUAAGGAGCCAUGGAAAAGCACUGGAGGACCACUGCCCUUGGGUGACUUGGUCUCUUUGCUCACUACAAAAUGGGUGGUGACAGCUGAAGUUGCGUGUCCGGCUGUUUCUUGCAUUCACCUGUGGAGCACAGGGACUGAGACAGUGCAUACGCUGGACAGGCUGCUGCUCCCACAGAGUGCCACGGAUGCCUCCAGCUCCAGAUUAUGGGGUGAGUAGCUCAGUGCAUCCCCUUUUCCCAUGCUUCUCCUACACCAGCCACCCAUUUCCUUCUCCCUCAGACAGCUCUUACAAGCCUCUUCCCAAGAAAGCUUUCCUGCAUGGAUUGCCUUAUUAUUAAUGUUCCUAUGAGCCCUCUCAGGCCCAAACUACUGCCUCAUGUUUGCUCUAGGGGAUGAGCUCGAUGACCUCCGAGGUCCCUUUUAAUUCUAGAGUUCUAUGAUUUUGACUAUUUUGACUAAUGGGGUCCAACCCAUCUGGCCAGAUGAGUGGUACAGGGCCAGUCCAUGGGCCGGAUCUGCAGUAUGGAGCUGUCCCAUCUGGGCUGGGCUAGAAUUUGGCAGUGGCGACAUCAAUUGCUGCAGCUCCCAGAUCCACGGCAGCAGCUGCUCUUCCUAUUGCCAAAUAUCCAGUCCUGCAAGCAGCCCCAUGAGGAAGAUGAUACAGCUCUGUGCUCUGGAUCUGGCCUGCGGGGCUCUCCACGGGUCCAGAAAUUUGGUGGCAGGGUGAGUGAUGACUGUUAAUUGCUGUGACUCUGGGAGCCGUGUCGGUUAAAGCUGCCUCCACACACCAUACUGUCAAAUUUCCGGACCUGUGCAGAGCCCUGUCGGCAGGCUGGAUCCAGCCCAUGGGCUGUAGUUUGGUCAUCCCUGAAUUAGGCUGCAACUAAUCUCUCUGUAGCAGGAUCUCCAGCAAUUAGUCCAUGUCUAGAUCUGGUAGCGGCUGAGUACAUGACACACGGUAACACUGGGGCGUGAGGGACCAUGCGAAUGUGUUGCCGAAGACACUGAGCAUGUUCAGUAUAAAUGCAAUGUUCCCAGGUACCUGAAUAUGCUCAAACGGAGUUGCUGUGGGUUUAGGCAGUUAGUUUAAAUGCCUCUGCUGCUGAAAGCCCUGAAUCCCGAGUGCUCACUGACUUGGAGGGAACACGUCUAAUCCUGUGGUUUAUAAAAAGUUCGUCUUUAUGGUGCUGUAAAAGUAAUUUAGAGAAGAUCUUGGGGAACCAAAGUGGUCUACGCUCAAAAUAGCAGUGCAGCUGCACGUUCGUCUUAAUUGUAACUGCUGCCGAUUAUGUUACUGGAAUAAAACAGAGGAGCUAAAUAUUUGCUGCCACUAAGUAUGCUUAAACGGUUUUGCAGAAGCGUUCUGCAUGGAAAUCUGGGAUGAAGGAGAAACAAUGUGGGACGAAGUGGCAUCACAGAUCAUGCCGCUUACAAGGCAACACAGUGAUGUGGACUGAAUGGGAUGCCACAAGGAAAGGACUUGAGCCAGGACAGUCAUACAUGAGCCUCUGAGCACACACGUGAGCAGGUGCCCCACUUAGCUACUCUCCCAACCGCUGCACGAGCAGGGAGAGGGCUUUCACUUGUCUGCCUCCCCCAUGGCAGGGGCACAUGCUUAGAGCAAGGGGCUUUAAGGUGGACCUGGGGCCAUCCCAGUCUUCAGCGGAGCUCUCUUCUGCUCAGUGCCCAUCCUGACCUUGCCUAGCACCCGCCUAAGGAAGCAG